AUGCGCGCCGCUAAGCCCACCUACAUGAAGAUUGGGACUGCGACGGUGCAGGAAAGUGACGUAGAAGUCAAGAAAUCCGCAUGGCUUUCUGUACUGCAGCUGAAAUUCUCCGCACUCGUCACCAAUAUCACCAUCCAGCGCUACCUACCCUUAUUAUUCUCCACUGUCUCUGAGGGCGCACCAAGGAGCGCAUGGCGUUGCGUAGAUGAAUAUCAUGGAAGGAGUUCACGGGAUUCAACUGAGAUCGCCAAGAUAAGGUUGAUAUCGGAUGCGGGCCGUCUGCCCCACAGUGAAGCGAUAUCGUUAGGCCAAGCCUUCGUGAAAGAAUUCUGUUCCGAGGAAAAGUACUGUGAAGAUGGAAGUGCUAAGGAAGUGCAGAGCUUGUCCUUAAAGCACAUAUAUACGACAUGUAUUGAUUACUUUUUCAACAAAGACCGAGUCCCUGACCGUUUAAAGUGA